CUUAGGGGGACUGUCAAAUCUACAUAUUCUCUCUCUCUGAAUUCACAGGACAGAUCUUUUUCUCAAACAGAUUCGAUUAAAUCGCCCAUCUUUAUUUCUCACAAAUCCCUCUCGCUCUUCCUCUUCAACCUCUCUCUCCUCUCAUAUAAAUGUUUCAGAUUUUCAAGGACUGAAAAAAAAAUGGAGGGUGAUACAUACUCAAGCCAUGUCAAUGGCACCCAAUCUGAUGGCAAGAUCUUACAAACAUUUCAAAAAAGCUUUGUUCAAGUUCAGAACAUUCUGGAUCAGAAUCGAGUACUCAUCAACGAGAUAAACCAGAAUCAUGAGUCUAGGGUACCAGACAACCUCAGCAGGAAUGUUGGUCUUAUUAAGGAACUCAACAACAACAUUAGAAGAGUUGUUGAUCUUUAUGCUGACCUUUCAUCUUCCUUCACCAAAUCCAUUGAUGUUUCUUCAGAAGGAGAUUCAAGUGGUGCUGCAAAAUCAGAAGGGAACCUAAGUCACAAAAGACACAGACCUCUUUAGAGAUUUGAUUUUAUUUUUCAUUUUUAUUUUGGUUAUGUUUGUAUUACUGGUUAUAUUUAAAAUAAAUAAAUAAAUAAAUAUAUGAUUUUUCAAUAA